AGCCGCGCAGGGGCCGCGCAGAGCCGCGGUCGGGCCGCGCCGCGCCGCGCCGCAGACGUUCCCUUUGUGCCUUUGAUUUUUGCGAGGGUGACGGCACCGAUGGACGCGUGUGGUGUUAAUUGAGGUUGCCAUGGGAGGCGUGCACGCAGCGUGGAUGUGCUUCCUUCUUGCCGUGUGAUUUCGCUUUUGUGUUCCUCCUCUUGUACUCGGCGUUUUGCGUGUUGUCAGCUGGCGCAUUAAAGGGCACAGAUGGGAGCACCGAGCACGCUCGGAGGCAAACCUCACCCAACCCGUGUCAGCAGCUGAUCAGAAUCCGAGGCACAGCAGCAGCUGAGCUGGCACUGGGGGGCAGAGCACCUCCACUCACUGCCACCACGUUGCUUCAAGCAAGUUCCUCGUUCCCUUCGAACUGCCCAUGGGCUGAAUAAAAGUUGUUAACUCUUGGCUUGACUUGUCAUCCUUUGGGGGAAUAAAACCAAGGUCGGACUGUCCGUUCAGUGGUGUGCUGUUAGAGGAGCACGGCCUGAAGUGGGGUAUCCUAGAGGUGAGAGUGACUCUGGCUCUUCAAGUGUGCCUGGGACUCCUUGGAGAGGCAAUAAAGAGAGUAAGAAGAUGCAGUGGGAGUUAUAAAGUGGAUGCAAUAGCUUCAUUGGAACAGCUCUGCGCAUUGCCACAUCCGCUUGUUAAAAAGCAACUACUGUUGUUUAAAGGACAAUUUGGGGAAAAAGCCAUUUGAGCAUCUCUGCAGCUUUUAUGCAUUAAUCGAGAAAGUCAAUACACAGACGAAGGAGAGGUGCAAAUAUGGCAAAGGCAGCUAAGGAAAUACAAAUGGAGAACCCGAGCGAGCUGGAGACUCCUAGCGCGGGGACACCGUGCCCCCCAUUGGAAGAACAGGCAGAAAAACCCUCCAUGCUCUGUUUUAAGAAGCGGAAGAAGUCCUGUAAGAAGGGGCUGACAACUAAGGAUGCAUGUGAGGGAGCUUCUGCAGCCUCGGAGGAGAAAAAUCAAUGCAUCAGCACAGACCCAGGGGAGGCAAAAGCUUCUGCUCCAUUGCGACCCUCCAGAGGAGCCUGGGCAGCUCUCAAAAGUCUCACGAAGCCUCGGAGAGGGCAGAAAUCCUCUUCACGGAAGAAGGUGUCCUCUGAUUCCCAGGUGCAGCUGGAGAUGGAUGCGGAGGAGAGCUGUGCACAAGGUCUUCCAAGGAAAAAGGCCAACACGGGGGUGAAGAUGCCCUGUGUGCGCUUCUUGAGAGGCAAGAAAAAGCCCAGCCCCUCAGAGGUGGUGGAGGAGUCAGAGGACAGUGUCCAAGCAAAUGAAGUGAUGGGCAUUUUGAACAAAGCCAUUGAAGAGCUGGAGGACAUGGUCCCAGCAGAGCCCUGUGACAAGGCCGAGUCCCUCACUCCACUCCCCGCAGAGGAUGUGGCCCCAGCAGAGCCCUGUGGCAGGGCUGAAGCCCUCAGCCCGCUCCCUGCAGAGGACCAGGGCACAUCGGCAGAAGGUGCUGGUGCCCCCUGUGACAAGGCUGAGUCCCUGAGCCCGUUCCUUGCAGAGGACGUGGCCCCUGCAGAGCCCUGUGACAAGGCCGAAUCCCUCAGCCUGCUCCCUGCACAAAACUCAGCCCCUGCAGAUCCCUGUGACAAGGCUGAGUCCCUCAGCCCACUCCCUGCAGAAGAUGUGACCCCAGCAGAGCCACGUGGCAGUGCUGAAGCCCUCAGCCCGCUCCCUGCAGAGGACGUGGCCCCAGCAGAGCCCUGUGACAAGGCCGAGUCCCUCAGCCCACUCCCUGCAGAGGACCAGGGCAUGUCAGCAGGAGGUGCUGAUGCCGAUGGGAGGAGUGAGCCCUCAGGAGAGCCCAGGCCUGAUGUGGAUGAACACACAGAGUGCAUCGCUCAGUCAGAAAUAACCAGUUCGGAGCCUGUCAAUGAGCCACUGCAUGAAAAGCUGCCCGAGGGGAGUCCACACCAAUCUGCAGCCCAAGUGGAAAACAGGGAAGUCACUCCUGAAGCGCCGGUAUCUACAGAUCAGCCCAAUGGCACCCCUGAAAUCACCGAGGUGCAGGAAAUAGCCAGAAUCUGCAAGGAGCUUCCUGAAAGGGAUGAGUUGGAGAGGAACACUGACCUCCCUGAGGAGUGCAAAUCUGAAGAGACCACAAUGGAUUUCAGUUCAUCAUCAGUGUCUAAGGAUGAUGCAACGAGUGUGCAGAGCAGCUCCAGCCAUCAGGAGAAACCAGAAGUCAACAUGGGCACCGGCGUUGGCAUCGUCAUCACCAUCACCGAAGCUGUGGACUCUGAUGACGCUGAUUCUGACCAGGCCUAUGAGCCAUCCCCGGUUUUACACCACAAUAAGCAAAAAGGGAAUAAAAAAUCCAGUGGGAGCUUUGAUUUUGGUCAAAAGGAAGGCCCCGGGGCUAGCAGUGGUGCUGUGGUGGAAGAGAAAGGCCUGGGCGACCAGGGGCACAGGACUUCGGAUCAGUACGAGUUGCUUCUCAUAGAAACGGCGUCUUCCCUUGUGAAGGCGGCCAUCCAGUCGUCCAUCGAGCAGCUGGUCAACGAGAUGGCUCUGGAACAGAAUAAACACAACAGUUUUCUGUGAUGGUGACGAUACCCUCAGAUUAGGGUGAUUCCAAGCUACUUUGGCCUGAGGAGGGGAGCGAGAGGGCUCUGGAGGCCACUGCUUAGUUAGCUCUGCAUGCCCGUGAAGUUGUGUGUGUGUUUGUGUGUAUGAAACUGGUGCUGGGGCAUGGGACAGGCCCUGCUGGGCACAGCAAGUGCACUAGGCCUGGCUGCAGGAAAGUGCAAGUGUUGCAGUGUUAUCAUUUACUAGCAUCUUUACGUUGAAGCCAUUUUUCUGCUGUCUUCCAUUCCAGACUUCCCUGCUGUUAGUGGUGUAAACGUUAAUGUGCUUUUAGGAGGAGGCCCUGCGGGCAGCGAGCAACUUCCUGCCACUGGGUUCAAUUCAGUGUGUGUUGAGCACAGCUGGAGGUUUGCUCAGUGGGUACAAGGGAGGGAGAAGGGGCUGAGACAUGCAAUCAGUGGCAUCAAUGCCAAGCAGUUAGCACUGCAUUUGGAGGUGUAGGAAACCAUGGUCUGAAGUCCCAUUAGGUGGAACUGGGUGGGUGCAGUGAGCAGCACAUUUUGGCCAGCCUAUGGCCCCAGCCUACUCUUCUGGCCUACUCCCCUGUCAGAAGCAGGCUGUGUAUCACCCGUCCCACCGCAGUACAGCAUCAGCUCUCCUUGCUGACUUCAGGCUGCACAAACACCGAGAACAUGCGCUCGCUUUGUCUGCUGGGGUCUAUUGCACUGCUGAGCACAGGUCUCCCCAUAGUGUAGUGAUGGGGGCCAGGCUGGAGCACGCUGGCCACAGGGAGCCCCUGGCCUUGCCUUCUUUUGUCUGCCAUGGUGAAUCUACUCUUGGAUAUGGUGUUGUUUUUGUUUUUUUUUUAUGUGUGGCAUGUAAUAGAAAUAGCAGUGCGCUGCAUGCAGUCAGCUCUUGCCACAGUGUUGAAAUAGCUUGGUAGCAAGGAUGUGCUACAGGCCAUGGAAUUGCUCCGUGUUGGGAGGGGUUUUGGUCGCUGGAUGUGUCCAUGUGUCCACCCAUCCCUUCACUUCGCAGAGACCCCCAGCAGAAAAUCUCAGAUGGCUCCGUGGCGGUCGGUCCAAAAUGCACCCUGAACACUGGAGUCAUCUCACCAAAGUCCUCAGGGAAAACCCAGACAUGAGGGCUGGGGACACUGCCACAGAACACCCAGACAGGCCGACUGCUGUCAGAAAAAUACAAAGUGCUCUGUUAAGGAGGUGUGCAUGCAGCGUGUGCACACACGUGGUGCGUGUGGGCACACAUCGCCUCUCACUGCCAGCCCUCUGGAAGAAAGGGGCCUUUUGAUAACUUGGGGUUGCAGCUGCGUGGUUGGGAUUUACACACUGUGGCGUGAAAGUCUGCCUUUCCUGCUGAGAAAGUUCUCCUGCCCCGUUCUCAGCCUGUACAGAAAUAGCAGCCUCCCCUGGCAACUGCUCAGUGACCACAGUGGGGACACAGAGGUUUUCUACUCGGCGCUGUUAGAACACCGGGGCUGACAGCUCUCCAAGAACCCAGCACAGCCAUGUUUUGGACUUUGAGAAAGGAUCUCCGCUGUUGCAUUAGGUGUACCAGCAGUGAGUGCCACAGCGUCUUUCUGUGCACGUUAAACUUGGGAAAAAUCAGACUGACUUCUUUUUUUCUGUGAAUUUAUUUAACGUUAUCAAUAAUUCAGUGUGUAUAUUAAUAGCUUUGCACUUUUUAUUGUUCCUUUCAGGCAUUUUUGCCACCAUUUUGAAAGGGGCUUUUUAAGGACUGUGCAUAGCUUUGGAGCUGCUGCAGCACCUGGGAAGGGCUGUGCUUGUUCUGGAGCUGAGCUGUGGGCUGUGUGGGCACCGGGAUGGGUUGGUGCUGAGGGAAGGGCUGCAGCAUCUCCAUGCCUUGGCUGCAGGGCACCCCUGGGUUUUCAGCAGGAGAUGCCAAACCAACCGGGCAUGGACAGACCAUUGUCUCCUAUCCACGUGCUGAGCAGUUUGGGGAGGAUUUAAUGCUACAUCGAAACAGAAAAUAGCCCAUUGCAGGAGGAGGCACUCCUUGCAAUGGAGGGAGAAGAGCAGCAGUGUGCAGGUCCAGCCCAGAGCCUGCAGGACUGGCAGCUGCUCUGUACCCAGGGCUGUGUUUGCAUCCUUUCCAUAGCUGUUUUCCCUCUGUUCCACCUAUACAUGUAACUUGCAAUUAGUUCAUUAAAGUUGAGUGUACCUCUUGUUUUCUUGGCUUGUGAUUAACUGGGCAGAGAGAUUUUGCACCAGAGCUGAUAACCCACCAUGCCAUCCAGUAACGUGCAGCAUUUCCAGGUGGCCACAUGAUGAGCAGAGGCCUUCAUGCUAACAGACCUGAAACGUUUUAAGACUCACUCUUCCCUCGUGUUUUUUUUUCUUAAAUAAGGUCUCCUUCUGGUUGUCGCCCUGUCUUUUCCACUCACAGUUUCCUGAAAGCCCACAGACUCCAGUGGGUAUUUACAAAGGAUCGCGGAUCUCUUCUGGCUCAGAAGUGCAGCAGCCCAGCAAUUGAAUCGCCAUUGGAUGAGCUGCUCUGCUGUGCGGAGCCCCGGCUCCCAGCGCGUGGGGCUCCUGAGGACUUGAGGCACUUUACAGCAUAUUAAAAAAUUGGAAAAAAUAUACAUUUUAAAUAGCAUUAAUACUGAUUAUUCUUUCAGGUUUGCAGAACAAAACACAGACUUCUAACAGCUGUUAAUGACUUAAUUAAGACUCUCUGCUCCCCCAUUACAGUGAGAGAGUUGGACAUGAAUGAAGCACAGGAACUGUACUCUUUUGGAGCAGAACCGUUCAGAGAAGCACGUGGCUGCUUGGCUGCACAAGAGCAAUGGAGUGGGUUUGGGACUGUUUUCCUCCUCACAGCUGUAAGAAACAGGCACAGUACAUACUCUGGGCCUGCUCUGGCUGGUUGGGAUUGCCUCUGGGCCAUCUGCCUCCUCGUCGCUCCGCUGCCCCUCUUGGAUAUGGGAGCGUUGCUUUGUAGCUGCAUCGUAAUGAAUUAAUUUGUUCCCCUGCUCACCCCGCAGUCUGCGCUGCUGCUUUCUUUCCCAGAUGUUUCCAGCACUCCUUUCUGGUCGCUCAGCUUUCUGUUCAACAAGUCCCCUGCCCAUGCUUUGCCCAGGGGGCACUGCGGUGUGUAGUGAGGCCCAAUCUGCUGCUGGAGGGACUACAGCAAGUGGGAACCCAGCACUGGAACUGAAGAUGCUUUCCCUGCAUAAAUGAUGGAUGUUCUCCUACGUGUGCUUGGGAGUGAUGGGUGGAGGUGGGACCCUGCUGGUGGACCAGCAAAGCCCUCCUAUCGCUCAUCCCAUACAUAGAGGACUUCCACAUCUGUAACUGAAAUAAUGAAACACUCCAAGGGAACGGAUGGAUUUAAAUACUUUGCUUUAAUAUUCUUUUACAUCUGCACUUUCAUUUCCCAGAGAAACGGUUCUUGUUAGCUCUUGUUGGGUGGCAUUACAAUAAUGAAGUAUUUAAUUUGCAGCCAGAUAAAAUCUUUACAUUAAAUGUGUUUUUGUUUAACUAA